AACUUUCAAGUUGCAAAUUGACAUUUGCCCAGUUGCAGCUGAUAAGGUGCGGAGCUUUUUUGUUAAACGAAUUUCGCAAGGAAAUACCGCAGAAGGUCCUCCAGAAUGGCAUCCAACAAGCUUUCCAUGAUUGUUCGCCAAUUGAGCACCAGCAACGCUAACCAGCAGCUGGUCAAAGCCCCAAUCCAAGUUUUUGGCAUUGAGGGUCGUUAUGCCACUGCCCUGUACUCUGCUGCCAGCAAGCAGAAAACCCUUGAUGCUGUCGAGAAGGAUCUGAUCAAGUUCCAGGACCAAAUGAAAGUUGAUGGACUUCUGUUUGAAUUCAUCAUGAACCCGACCAUCAAGAGGAAAUUGAAGGCUGAAGCCCUCAAGUCUGUCUCCUCGAAAAUGUCCAUGAAACAGGAGACCUCCAACUUGCUCCAGUGCUUGGCUGAAAACGGCCGCCUGAAGAAGGUCAACAAUGUCAUCAACCACUACAAACUUAUGAUGUCUGCUCACAGGGGAGAGGUUCACUGCGAGGUUACCACCGCUGCUCCGAUGGAGCCGGCUCAACGCCAGAAGCUGGAAGCCGUGUUGAAGACAUUCCUGAAAUCGUCCGAAACCGCUCUGUUGUCCACAAAGGUUGACCCAACGAUUUUGGGUGGAAUGGUCGUGAGCAUCGGCGAUCGUUACGUCGACAUGAGCGUUUCCAAGAAGAUCAAGAAGUACACUGAACUCAUCAGCGCCACUGUCUAAUUUGUUACGCUUAAGCAGAAUCAUUAUAGAAAUUUCAAUUAACAAACAAA